AUGGCUGACCAUCUUUUACAUUAUAAUGACUCAGCUGGGGUUGGGAACCGAUUCGCCCGCAAAGGUGCUUUGCGGCAGAGAAAUGUGCAUGAAGUGAAAAACCACAAAUUUACUGCAAGAUUUUUCAAGCAGCCGACGUUCUGCAGCCAUUGUACAGACUUCAUAUGGGGAUUUGGGAAACAAGGAUUUCAAUGCCAAGUGUGCUGUUUUGUGGUCCACAAACGGUGCCAUGAGUUCGUCACUUUCUCCUGUCCUGGAGCCGACAAGGGUCCUGACACAGACGACCCCCGAAGCAAGCACAAGUUCAAGAUUCACACAUACGGCAGUCCAACCUUCUGUGACCACUGUGGUUCGCUGCUUUACGGUCUCAUCCACCAAGGGAUGAAAUGUGACACCUGCGACAUGAACGUGCACAACCAAUGUGUGGUCAACGUGCCAAGCCUGUGUGGGACGGACCACACGGAGCGCCGGGGUCGCCUCUUCCUCAAGAUCGAGGUCAGCUUGGACAGACUACACGUCACAGUGGGUGAAGCCAGGAACCUGAUUCCUAUGGAUCCAAAUGGUUUAUCAGACCCUUAUGUUAAACUCAAGCUCAUCCCCGACCCAAAGAACGAGACCAAACAGAAGACCAGGACCAUCCGUUCCUCUCUCAACCCCUGCUGGAACGAGUCCUUCACCUUUAAGCUGAAAGCAUCAGAUAAGGACCGCCGUCUGUCCAUUGAGGUGUGGGAUUGGGACCGAACCACCCGGAACGACUUCAUGGGCUCCAUGUCGUUUGGAGUGUCCGAGCUCAUCAAAGCUCCCAACUGUGGAUGGUACAAGUUGCUGAACCAGGAGGAGGGAGAGUAUUACAAUGUUCCCAUCCCUGAGAUGGACGACGUCAACCUGGAGCUCCGACAGAAGUUUGAGGCCUGCCAGUUAAAUAUCCACUAUCUCAAGAAAGCCAAGCUGGGCCACGGUAAGAAAGUGAUCACGCCGUCAGACCAUCGGCGGUUCAGCCUGCCUUCAGGUAACGUGGACCGGCUCCGACUGAGUGACUUCAACUUCCUGGCCCUGCUGGGGAAGGGCAGCUUUGGCAAGGUAAUGUUGGCAGAGAUGAAGUCAACAGAGGAGCUGUACGCCAUCAAGAUCCUGAAGAAAGAUGUUGUGAUCCAGGAUGAUGAUGUUGAAUGUACAAUGGUGGAGAAGAGGGUCUUGGCCCAGAGAGACAAACCGCCCUUCCUCACGCAGCUCCACUCCUGCUUCCAGACUGUGGAUCGGCUGUACUUUGUGAUGGAGUACAUCAACGGGGGAGACCUUAUGUAUCAUAUCCAACGUAUGGGCAAAUUCAAGGAGCCACAGGCAGUGUUUUAUGCAGCAGAGAUUGCUGUCGGUUUGUUUUUCUUGCACCGAAAGGGAAUUAUCUACAGGGAUCUGAAGCUCGACAACGUGAUGCUGGACUCUGAGGGCCACAUCAAAAUUGCUGACUUUGGCAUGUGUAAGGAGAACAUGUAUGAAGGCAUGAGCACACGCACCUUCUGCGGCACCCCGGACUACAUCGCACCGGAGAUUAUAGCGUACCAGCCUUAUGCAAAAUCAGUGGACUGGUGGGCUUAUGGAGUUCUUCUGUAUGAGAUGCUGGCGGGACAGCCUCCAUUUGAUGGCGAGGAUGAAGACGAGCUCUUCCAGUCCAUCAUGGAACACAAUGUGUCCUACCCCAAGUCCAUGUCUAAAGAAGCUGUGUCCAUCUGCAAGGGACUGAUGACCAAGCACCCGUCAAAGCGUCUCGGCUGUGGCUUAGAGGGCGAGAGGGACAUCAGGGAGCAGGCCUUCUUCCGACGCAUCGACUGGGAUCGCCUGGCAAACAGAGAGAUUCAGCCGCCAUUUAAACCUAAAGUGUGCGGCAAAGGAGCAGAAAACUUUGACAAGUUUUUCACACGUACACAACCCGUGCUGACCCCUCCCGACCAGCUGGUCAUCGCCAACAUCGACCAGAGCGAGUUCGCAGGCUUCUCUUACAUGAACCCUCAGUUCAUCCAUCCAUCCCUGCACAGUGUGGUAUGAGGAGAGAGCAGAAAAAAAACUCAAAAGCAUGGACUGUCGCUGACUACAGGAUCCUUACAAACUCCAACAAACGAUCCCGCCGUCAUGAGACUCAUAUCAUCCUCUACAGUGUUCUGUCUAGUUAUCAAAAUCUGUGUACAAAAGUGACUGAGAAGAGGGGAACAAAGUGUUGAAGAACAACUACAUGGCGGUGAUAUGCUUGCAUAAUUUCCCCAAACAUCUCAUAUGUGUUCUUUAUUCUCUAUCUGUGUUUAACCAAACCUGCUGCCUUUUUUUCUUGCGUAUGAAUGUGUGACCGGUUACUUUGUUAUUAGGUAUUAAAGAUGCAAGAUGUUUUCCUUUCUCAUGUUCCCCAUCUUACUACGCAACAAGCUGCAAUGCACGACGAGAACGGAACAUAUUUUUCUGCUCUGUCCCGGCUUUAUCUACUUCUGAUCCGCUACACGUGUAUUUUAUAUUUAUAUUAAAAAAACAAGAGGUAGUAUACUGUUACAUGAGUGCCAAAGUAGAAGUGGAAAGACAUCAUUUCUUUUGCAGUUCUUAAAAUCCUUGUAAUGUUUUUCCCAACACACUAAAACCCCACUAAAACAGGGACAUUUCUUUGUGUUGUUUUGUAGGACGUGGAGAUACAGUAUAUCUAACUCAGCAUAGACAAACAGAAGCACAUCAUGCUUAUGCUUGGUUAUAAGCUGUCUACGCUAUUUGAAUGCAGUGUUGGUCAGUAUACUAUAGGGUCAGAAAACUGUGGAUCAAAGAGACAGUGUUUUAAAGUAUAACGAUGCUAUUUCCAUAUGCACAAAGCAGAUCUCUGUUGCAUGCUUAUUUUUCUGACUCUGUAUGAACAGUAGACUCUAGGAUGCAGUACACGUCUGGUAUCAUUGUAAAGUUUAGUAUUUACGAUAUAAACUAUGUUGAUAUAUAAUUGUUGUAUGUUUUGAAGAGUCUUAUCCUGAAGAAAAUUGUUAAAGGAAAAAAGCUUUUGUUCAUAUUUUAUGUUUCGCUUAACUCAACUUUUAUGUCCAAAAAAAACAACCUCUAUUGUACCCCCAUUUUUAUUAUUUUGUAAAUAUGUUUCAAAGAGAUGUUUCAGAAAGAGAAGUUACUUGCAGAUUUUAUACUACGAACUGAAUGUGCUUUUACUACCAUAGACAGUUUGAACAUGUCUAUGUUUAGAUUACCCCGAAGAGGAGUAUAUAUAUAAUGUUUGGCUGAAUCUUUGGUAGCUUUGGGAUCAGCAAACCUUGUAAUAUGUAUUUCCACUAUUUAUCCAUUGUUUUCUACUACUCAGUGUCAUGGCGAAUAUGCAGCACCUACUGUGCGUGAAAAGGUUGAAUGCCCUCUUGCCUUGGUCAUCUCAGGGCAGACUCCUUCUGUAACAAAUUCAAAUACGAGCCCUAGGUGGCUGCAAAAUGUCUCUUCUUUCUUGUGUAUAUUGUGUGCAUGUGUGAGGUGAGGCUUGAUCUAAGCAUGAGAAAGACCCCUGCAUGAUACAGAGAUCAUGGUGCAUGGAGUUUCCCCAACUUGUUGCACAGAACGAGAUUAACCAACGAGCAUUGUGCACUUUUCUGCUCAUCUCCUCCCACUUGCUGCCAUGUAGCCUGACAUGUUUGGCUAAAAAACAACACAAAUCUAUGUAAAAUGCUUCUGUUGGCUUGUUGUUCACUGGUGCCAAUCUUGAGUCUUUUGUUUCCAGUCAGGUGUGUUGUUGAGAGGCUACUACUUAGGCACACAAUGCUACAACAGUGACGUUUCAUAAAACUGCCAAAUUUACUUUUAACCCCCGAAUUAGUUACUUAGUGUAACAUGCAGACUGAUGUUGCAGCUGUCACAUCUGGACCAAAAUUAGAUUUUUAAGGUUAAGAGAAAACUGAAUGUUUACAUGUCUCACAUUGAGAAUCUUUAUCGGAGGAGAAGAAGAGAAAAAUAUAAAAACUUUGGACCCAUGACAGAGAUAAUUACAUGUCAGGCCAGUCAGGGUAAUGUACCACUACAGUUAGAGCCACAGGGAUGUUUGUAUGCGUUACCUUUCACUGCCCCUACUUUUGUUAACCUGAUUCUUCUUGUUCCUAUGUUCAUUGUGGUAUGAUGGAAACUGUGUAUAAAUAAAGUAUGAAAAAUAUGAA